AUGGCCGAGACCGCUCCAGCCCAGGCCGCUGUGCCCGUCGCCAGCGCGCCCGCAACCACAGCUCCCACGACCGGAGCCACGACGGCCACUGCCAAUGCGCCGAAUGAGCAAAAUACAGCGAAUAGAGGACUACCAUACUACGAGAAACUCAGACGGGAUCUACGCGACACAAUACAAAAGAAGCGGCUGAUGGAUAAGAGCAUGGCCCAGCUCGAAGACCAGAUCUUUCGAUUCGAACAAACGUAUCUCGAAGAGACGACGGCAGGCAAUAUUAUCAGAGGAUUCGACAACUAUAUCAAGGGAUCAUCGAGCGGGUCCGUUCUGGGAGCGUCAGGACUCAGUCUGGGCUCGGGUGCGGGAGCACGGCGAAAGGCACAGGUUACAGAUUCGGACCGGGUCUUUUCACGAAGCUCGGCCAGCUUCACCUUGGAUUCCCCUGGUCCUUCCUCGGCUUUGAACACGCCAUCCCAAGCCGCGACCCCAACCUCCACGGCUGGCGGAAACGCCCCGUCUAAUAAGAGCAAUGGCGGUGAUUCAGGGACAGCUUCUAAGGCUGGAGGUAGUGGCGGCGCCUCCAAGAAUAAGAAGAAAUCCAGUGGGGGGUCAAAGAAUACCAAGGGAAAAAAUCAAGCGGAGGAGGUCUCGGAUGACGCAGAUUCUAAACCGCCGAUUAAACGCUUGAAGGUCAGUUAUGGGCGGGAUUAG